GGCCUGAGAUCGCGCCCGCCCGGGCGUCGGUGGAGAAGGCAGCAGGUGCGCCGUCCCGCGGGAGCGCAGCGCGACGCCUGGGGAUGCGGACGCCGGUGGUGAUGACGCUGGGCUUGGUGCUGGCGCCCUGCGGGCUGCUGCUGAACCUGACGAGCACGCUGGCGCCCGGCUGGCGGCUGGUGAAGGGCUUCCCCGACAAGCCGAAGGACGAGGUGCACUACCAGGGCCUGUGGGACAUCUGCCGCGAGCAGAGCAGCCGCGAGCGCGAGUGCGGCCAGGAGGACAAGUUGCACUACUUGGAGGCUGAACUGGUGCUCGUGGCAAGGGGACUGAUGGUCACGUCGCUGGCCGUCACCGCCCUCGGGCUGCUGUUGGCGUCGCUUGGCGUGCGCUGCUGGGAGGACGAACCCCGCUUCGCGCUCUCCGGUGCCUCGGGCUUGGUGCUCUUCGCCGCGGGCCUCCUCAGCCUCAUCCCCGUCUCCUGGUACAAUCACUUCCUGGAGGAUCGCGCCGCCCUGCCCUUCCCGGACGAGAAACUCGUCGUGGUGGAGGUCGCUUACAGCCUGGUGCUGGGCUAUCUGGGCAGCUGCCUGCUGCUGUUGGGCGGCUUCUCGCUGGCGCUCAGCUUUGCGCCCUGGUGCGCGGAGUGCUGUCGCCGCCGCCGCAAAGCGUCCUCCAGCAGCGCUCGGCGCCCCAGCAUCAGCACCGUGUACGUCGACUGGCCGCAGCCUGCGCUCACACCCGCCAUCAAGUACUACAGCAACGGCCAGCACCGGCCGCGGCCCGCCGAGGUGGGCCCCGCUGCCAAGCCCAAAGUGGGCUUCCCCAUGCCGCGGCCACCACCCAAGACCUACACCAACUCGGUGGACGUGCUCGACGGGGAGACGGUGUCCGACUCCCAGGGCUCCUCCUCGCGGAGCACCCGGCCCUACCACAGCUCCCUGCCCUGCGACUCGGAUUUGUAGACGGGACCCCCAUCCCCACCCCAG